GAACUCGAGUUCGACAUCAUUAUUCUACGAUAAUUAAUUUGUAACUGUACUGUGUUCGGAAAAUAAUCAAUGUUAAAUAAAUUUUAUUUUUACACUUGUUUAGUGUUAUUUUUAAAAUGGGAAAAUUGCUAUCUUAAGUUUAGAUAGUACAUUAGUACCUAAUGUGUGGUGAUUUACUUAACGAGGACAUAGCGGCUACAAUGCGGCCAGUGCGAAGUUUUGAAUAAAAAGCUUCGCAUCCUUUGUUUAGACGAAGACGCCUACGCUACGUUGAUGAACGUAUGAAUCGUAGUACGCUGUACUACGAGCAAUAAAAAUAUUUAUAAUGGACGGUGAUAGAAAAAUACACAUCAGCGAAGGUGUUCCAUUGAACUCGACAGGUGCGGCAAACAUUUUUUUGAAUACCGGUAAAAGUACUGCUAAACUAAAUUCACCAGAUGGAACUGUCAUACAUCUAAAAACAGAGAAACCGGCUGACCUCGGCGUACACAUAAACACAACGUUCUCUGUUGCGUCUUCCAAGAAAAUAAGGCUGCUAUUUAUACUAAACUUUUUGUUCAGUAUAAUAUGUAUGAUACUGAGCUGUUCUGUCGCGUUAUACUACUGGAAUGAGAUGAUAUCAAUGAGGAAGCAACUAGACUUGAUAAGGGACCAGUUCCUAUUGCAGAGUCUGGGCCCAGAUAAGGGACAAGCCAGCCCCCUGGUGUACCAAAGACCACUGCAAGCUAGUGAUGUCCGUCACCCCAGGAUGGACAGUUCCAAAGAUGAGGACAUUUUACCAAACCCAAAGAAGUACUUUGUAGAAAAUUUGGGGGAAGAUAUGCUAUUAGUGGACUCAACCAGAAAAAUCCCCAGGCGGGAAAAUCUUCCAGUCCAUGAUCUGUCUCUUGCUUCCAAAGAGCCAUUAGUAGUCCAUUUCAAUGGUGCAGUCCGAGAAGUCAACAUGGGCACACAAUCGUUCGUCGGGCCGUGGGUUCGCGACAUGGAGAUAUCCUCGAGAAACAGCGAGACCAAAAUAGAACUCAACGACAAUAGUAAUUAUGUUACCAUCAAGGAGGAAGGACUGUACCUCGUUUACGCACAGGUAGUGUACUUAACGCAAAGCCCCAAUUGUUACUUCAUCUGGGCGCGGCAGAAUGGGCAGGCGCCGCGACUUCUGACCACGUGCGCGAGCGGCGACGACUCGUCGCGGCGGCCGCUCGACAAGUCGCAAAUCUCCUGCGCCGUGCAGACUGUCGCACGACUGUACAAGGGCGACAUAGUCAACAUCGCCCAGAGAGAACAAAACAAAACACUCUGGCUCAGACCCGGAUACUCUUACUUCGGAUUCAUCAAACUAAGUUCCUAGCGAGGCUGUGAAUAUCAUAAGAAUACAAUCGGAUUAUUUAAGGUUUAAUCCACUGAAAAACGGAUGUAAAAAUGGUGCUAUUUAGAAAUGUAAGACGGACAAAGAACUUGGAAGUGAUUGGAGUGCCAUAUGUACGUUAAUCGAUUGCAUACAUCACAUUGAAUUGUAUAGUAAUCGUAUUUAGUCACUUGUUACGUUAAGCCGCGAACAAUGAAUGAUUGUUUAGGAAUUCAAUUUACAUGUUAAUAUAACAUGCUCAAUUUGUUUAUUUGUGUAAUAAUUAGGAAUAUGUGAUCUCUCUAACGUCGGUCGAAGAUUACCCCACAUUUCGCGAUCGUAGACCGUGUUUUGUUUUGUUUUGACAAAGUUUUUUUAUUAAAACCAGCAGAUGAAGCUUUUUUAACGCUUAGCUGCCAUAUGGGUUAAAUACAUAGGAUAAGGAUAUUAUUUUUAAGCUAUUUAAUCAAUACAAAAAACUUCUGAGUUUUACAGAAGUUAUUGUUUAUCAAGGCGCCAAAAUUAUUGGAGGAAGAAAGGUCUUUACGGUCUUAUUUUAUUGAAAUAGUUAAAGUAAGAACUUCCCAAGAACUUAUUUUCAUGAAUGUAGUUAAUUUAGUUGCAAAAUAAUUUUGUUAGUAAGUAGACACUUAAGUAUAUUUACGUUUCCUAGUCCAUAUAAUAUUAAUUAAGUUGGAAAAACACACAAUUCUUGAAAAUACGUAUACAAAAGUGAAUAGUGUAAAUGUCUAAUUUGUAAGAAACAUUUGUGAUAAACAUAUUGCAAUUUAUUAAUUCUUAAUUAUACUUAGUUAUCUUUGUAUAUGUAAAAACAAUGUGUUAUUAUUUAGUACUUUUGUACGAAUUUGAGUGUUCCUUGUGUCUAACUGAGUAACGGGAAAUUUGUAAUAGAAUUUGUUACGUUCGUGAACGCAUUAUUCAUUUCAAGACUUCGGGAAUUAACAAUAAGUAAUUGUUAUUUUAAUUUAGGGCAAGUUGUGACACAUGGUUAACAUAAAAACCGCAUCAUUUACCCACAUUUACAAAGUAAUUUAAAUGUGAAAAUGACAUUUUGAUAAAGAUUUAUUGAUCGUGCCAUCCACGAAGACGCGCCCUACCAUUUUUUGGUCGAGAAAGCGCGGAGUGCGGGGAGUUUGAUCCGAGCAAUCCGAGCGUCAUUAUUGUAGCGUGCGUGUGCACUCAUAGAUAACUAGCGUGUACCGAUAACACUCAAACAUUAGCGGAAGAAUGGUGGGGCACGUCUUCAUGGAUGGCACGAUCAAUAAAUCUUUAUCAAAAUUUCAUUAUACAUAGAUAUACUCAUAUUAUUAUGACACGACCGCUCAAAUUAAAUUCAAACUCAAUCAUAUUAUGGUUAAGUCUGUUAAUGGUCCAAAUAUUGAAAUUUAACAAGAAUUGAAUGCUUGUGGUUGGAUCUAGUUUGAGUGCAGUUUUGUAAUACGGGCCCUACAGCUAGUUUCCGAAUUGAGAUUUGAAGCUUGAGAAAGCUCAUUAUCUACUUAAGUAAGAACUUAAGCCUAUUUUCGUUACUAAAUUAUCCUGAAUUGAUUUGUGAUUACUCAAGCCGAAUUUUCAAAGUUGAUUUAUUCACAAUUCAGGACAUUCAGUUCAUAUUUAAUUAGAAAAUGAGUACACUCAAGUUAAAAAAAAGUUUAUAAUAAUACAGAAACCAGCGGAUAAAAAUUAUUAACUAGUUAAGAGAUAUUAUCGCAGUCGAGCAACUGCUGACGCGACAGAAUGAAAAAUAAAUACAUUUAUUAUGUAUACAGGGUGACUUGUAAUGAGUGAACAUCCUUGUAAGGGUUUAUAGUACAGGUCAUUUGCAACCAAUUUAGUUGUGUAUAUGCCUAGGCAAAAUUCAACCUUUUAUCAGAUAUUUUGAUUUUAAUUUUGAAUGAAAAAAACAUACAUAUUUAAGGAGUCUAUUUUUAAUUGCUUGGGAAUAGUAACUGCAACUAAAUAAGUUAAAUAAAUAUAUGUACUUUGUUUAGUGUUACUUUAGUAAUUAGUUAGAGUUGUCUCCUUAUAAAAUUUCCAUACAAAACUAAAAUCAAAAUAUCUCAUUAAUAGUUGACGUUUGCCUAGGCAUAUACGUAACAAAAUUGGUUGCUAAUGACGUAAUGACCUGUUCUUUAAUUCCCUACAAGAAUGUUCACUCGUCACAAUUCAUCUUGUAUAAUUAUUACUUGGUAAUAAGUAAAGUGAUCCUAAUAAUAAACAUGGGAUAAUAUUGGAAAAUAUUUGCCGAUAUUUCCCAGAGCUAUAUCUUAAAUGUGUUAAUAAGUUUGCUCUGGACAUAAUUUUGUUUGUCUCGUUUAUGUGUAUGUGUUUAGAAGUAUAGGCCGUCCGCCAAUAAAUGUGCCUUAUCUGAGUAA